GCCGUUCGUGGCACAACAGCACAACAGCAGCACGCACUAAGGACGAGCAGAGCUUCGAACCAUUCCUGUCUUCAGCGUUCUUUCACCAUGUCGAAGCAACCAGAACAACGAGUGGAAGGCGAUGGCUUCCCCAGUCUCGUCGACUACGAACCGCGGCUGUCGACGCAUCGCGAUGUGGGCCACGAGCUCUACGCGUCCACGUCGUCUGCCAGACGUCCUCUGGAAGCGGCCCCCAGCAGUGAAAGGGACCUUCGAGGAGUGGUUGCAUGUGGGGUCGAACGACGCGGAGACCCGUGCAGCGACCGGGACGUCAUAUGCGAGACUGGGGACGACGGGGACGACGUAAUGACUGUGGAAUACCUGACGCCGAGCGAGGAAGAGCCGCAGGAGGUGACCCAUGUCCCACACGUCAGCCCGACCACCAACCCGCACUACUACUCUCAGGACUCAACGCUCCGUGCCCGACUGUCGGUGGCUGUGGUCGUCGGUGGCGCCUUGGUGGCCCUGGUGAUGCUCCUCGCCUACAAGACCGACUUCGAGCAAAACCUCUUGCUCAAGUCCUCCAGGUGGUGGCGUAACGUCCGUUACGGUCGUUUCUCGUCGCCGACGACCAAACUGUCAGACACCAACGGAUUUCCCAAACUGCUGUCUAAUAUCAGCAUCGAUGGGCCAAGCACCAUAGCGAACGCAGACAUUAUGGCGGCCGCGACAGGUGAAGAGUUCGACCGUCGACUGCGAGACAUGGUCUCGCGCUUCUGGUCUCCGACAAGCCGACCCGUCAAGCACCACCGACGGCGUGCUAGCACAACCAGCAGUCGACGGCGACGGGCCAGCUCAACCACGGCAAGACAUGCGUCAAGACGCGGCGUGGUCCAACCCGACCCCGAAGAGAAAGACAUGGCCCCGGUGGACGUUGACUCCGAUGAUGACGAUGGCAUCUCGAAGAAGCCUGAGGCGGACAUGGAUCGUAUCAACUGGUUCCUGGUACAGCUGCGCAGGCGGCACGAUCGCCUUCCAUCUCCCGAUAACGGCUCUGCCUGGGAUGACGACUACGGCGACUUUGACGACGGCGAGGACGUCGAGAAGCUGCUUUGACGGCACACUUGAGGCCACUAUUCGCUGCUCAUGAGUGCAUGGGCGCGACGAGGAUUUUUAUUCCAUAGCAUUUAUUAUACGGGAGGCUCGGAAAGUGUGCGAAUCAGCCUCUACAACAGUAAACAUGUUCUUUAAG